CUCAUAAUUAAUAUCACUUCAAGUUCUUCCAACAGUCGGUAACGCUGGAAUGAGCGAGGUUAAAAGCAGGCUGCACAAUCGCACGAAUUGCUUUAAUUCAACUGUGCAAAUGUAAUUAUGAUUAUGCAUGAUUCUUUAAAGAAGCCUGUAAGAAAAUAGCCCUUUAAAAGAUACCAUGCAGAGGAAAAACAAUUCAUUGAAGUUUAGAUAUGUAAUAGAUAUUUACAUGAAGAUAGAUUAUUGCGACGUAAACUAGUCUACAAGAUUAACACAAAAAAAUCUUUAAAAAAUGAUACAUUACCAAAUACAAAGAUAGAAAGAAGUGAAAUUGUAUAUUUUUGUAGAAACCAAUGCAAUUGGGUAAAAAAAAUUCAAGAAUAAAAAAUAUUGUACUUUUCUGCCUCUAAUAAUGGAAAAAUAUACAAACCCUGGUGUAACUAGAAUAUUAAAAAGCAAUAUUGAAUAUAAACUGUUACCAUUUCAAUUUUUACUUUUAACAUUUUGGGGAAUCUGGAGACCGCAAACUUGGUCGUUACAAAUAAAAAAUGUGCACGAAAUGUACUUUGCCUUAAUAUUUUUUUUAGAUUCACGGAUUUCUAUUGAAAUGCUCAUAUAUUUUAUAUUAAGUUUCGGCACAGAUAAUUUUAAAUUGAUAAAUGUAUUCUUUGUCAGCGCUAAUAUAACUGGUGUAUACAAAGCCAUAAAAAUAAUGAAAAAUCGAGAAAAUAUAAGAAAUUUGAUAAAAAGUUAUUUUGACUAUGAAUGGAUGAACCCAAGAGACGCACACGAGGAUAAAAUACAUAAAAAAAGUUAACACGAGAAUUAGGUAUGAAAACAUAUUAAAUGCUAUGAAAAAAUGUUUAAGAUAAAUUCAUCAAUUUAAGUUGAAUACUAUAGAAGUCAACAUUAUUAUACCACUACCAGUUGAGGCGUGGUACCCGUAUCCUAUUGGAAAUCCAUAUUGGUUUUGGAUUACAUACUUGAAUCAAGUUAUUCUUGGUUCUUCAGCAGUGUCUGCGCAUGUUGGAAUAGAUACACUAUUUGUUGGCUUGUUACUGAAGUCAUCGUGUCAAAUUGAUGUUCUCAAGUAUCGACUACAAAAUUUAACACCAAUAAAUAUCAAAAUUAAAUUGAUAAAAAAUGAACACCUAAAAAUAUGAUUUUCGAGUGCAUACACUAUCACGAACGUAUAUGCAGGUACGUUACACUAAUAGAUCUUAUGCAAUUCUUUAGAUUUGGGGAUGAUCUUAAUAGCCAAUUUCAAGAUAUGCUCAUUAUUUUGAAGAUACCUAACAUUUGUAUAAAUGUGUAUGCUCUAUCUGCAUAUAGAGACUAUAUAAAUUUACAAUAUAUCGCUACUUUCUUUUGUACAACGUCAGCUUUUUUAGAAUUUUUCAUAGUUUGUUGGUAUGGUAACGACGUAUCUCUAAAUGUAAGCAUUCACAGCUGUCGUAAAUAUUACAAUCAGCACUUACCGUUGAAUAACGUAUUUCACAUUGCAUAAUGCAUACAUAUGCAUUUUGUUUAAAUUUAAGAGUAUCCAAGUUAAAAAUGCUAUUUAUGAAAUGGAUUGGACUAUAUGCUGUAUGUUUCAACUCAAAAAAUUCUCAUAAUUAUUAUGGCGAGAUCGUUGAAACCAAUUCAAUUCUCAGUUGGUUCCGUUCUUCCUAUGAAUUUGGAUUCUUUCAUAAUGGUUGCUACUUUUACGUGCAAACUUUAUUUAUUUGCAACUUGAGGCCAGUACAUCCUUCCGCUUUUUGCAUAUAAUAUACAAUUUACAUACAUGUAUUAAAUAAUUGUGAGGGUUUUUAUACUAAUACACCAUUGCAGAUUAUCAAAGGAUCGUAUACGGCGUUGAAUCUUCUUUAACAAACAUCCAAAUGAAAAUCUGAUGAAUUAUAGGACUGUACUUACAUCCAAGUCACAAAGUAUUUUUAUAGAUUCCAAGCUCUUCACAUACCAUGGUGUUGGUAUUCUUAAUGAUCAAAUGUAUACGUGUAUUAGACAAAAAAAUAUUAGUCUGUACAAUAUAAUUUAAAUAAAAAACGAAAUCAGCGCUAAACAGUGUGUAGCUCUCUUCAAACAGCAAAUAUAUUUACUUAGUUUUUAGAAAUACCACGAUUUGAACAUUUUUAUUGAGUUCUAUACUUUUCUUUUACUUUAAAGUACAACUGUCAUCGACUGUUCGAAAUGUACUGCAGGUAUAAGUAAAAACACAAAGAGUGAAACCUUACAAUGCGCAAACGCGAAAACUUCUGCUUAAAGGUAAUUAUUAGCUAUGAUUUUUUCAAGCCAGCGCGUAAGAAAAUAAGCACCACCGAGAAGUAAAACAAUACAUUUUUAAAGUUUAAAUUACGAAAGCAGUCGGAGAACUCGCAGGAGCUUGGCACUGCCAUCCACGGCAGUGCUGCAAAAUUAAUCACUAUAAUAUCGACAUUUUUUUUAUUGUCACGGGAUUAUUCAUAUGUCCCUGUCUCAGCAGAGACAACUACGUCAUUCCUUUCAGUUUGUUGCUAUGCUAUUUUCCCAACACAGCAGUUUCGCUAGCGCUUUUCAGACAAGUUCUGCGUAGCGGAACUGAAGAGCCAGAUUGAUAUGAUCAUUCGCAAAACUUUAGAGCACCAAGUACUUCCUAUUCCAUUUCACAUAUUGACGCUAUGGGGUAUUUGGUGCCCGGAACACGUGCAACCGCGUCUGAGACGCUUCUACUUUGCGUUUACGUGUAUUGUGAUAAUAUCUGAAAUUUUACUCACUACCGAAGUUUUUAUUAACUUAAUUAUCAUAAUACGUAAUAAACGAUUUGAGCUAGAUGUAUUUUUUAUACUGACGUCGUUGAUGAAUGGUUUAUACAAAGCACUGAAUAUUUUGCUGACUCGCAAGCGUAUUGCAAAACUUAUAACGAUAGGUUUUGAAGACCGUUGGCGUUUUCCAAGGGACGAUUCGGAGAAGAAAAUCUUACAGAACUACAAAUUCGAAAGUUGGCGAAUUCACUUGAUAUAUGCAGGCGCUUGUCUAGCCGGAGUGACCAUAAAACUGGUCGGCCCCAUGAUGAAGCAGAAUGCAGACAUCGAAUUUCCAGCCCCAGCUUGGUAUCCUUACGACACAAAUAAGCCCGUCUACUUUUGGCUGGCCUACGUUCAGCAGAUGUUCGUUGGUGGUGCUACGAUCUCGAUGCACAUAGGAGCCGAUACAAUGUUGUCCGGCCUUAUGCUACAGUCGUGCAUACAGUUAAAAUUACUUAAACAUCGAUUCAAACAUUUUUUUCAGCAUUACGAACAGGUGAAAGGCCGUUUGCACUUGUCUUCGACGAAAAGAAAAGUGGAAAUCGCACUGAUGAAACAGUACAUUUGUGACCAUCAGUUCGUCUACAGCUACGCGAAUAAGAUAAAUAGAAACUUCUCGGGAUGGUUAAUUGCUGUGCUGAUUGUCGUUGUACCCAAUAUUUGCAUCAACGUAUAUCUGUUAUCCUUUUCGAAAAUCGGUCUUAAUGUGGAUUUUAUCACGUCGUUAGGAUUGUUUUCAAUAUCUCUAUUCCAAAUAUAUCUGCCUUGUUGGUACGGAAACGAAGUUAUGCUUCAUAGCUCAGAAAUUGCGAAUUCAAUAUAUGACAUGGAUUGGGUUCGACUAUCACCAACUGCUAGGAAGACCCUGAUAAUAGUGAUGAUUCGCUCUUCGAAACCCAUUCAAAUAAGGGCUGGUUACUUCGUUUCCAUGAACCUCAGGUCAUUUUUGAGUAUCAUGAAGACAUCGUACUCCGCAUUGAGUGUGUUACAGCAAACCACGUGAACGGCAACCACCAAUUGUAAUACCGAAUUCCGAAUACAUUAGAUACAAACGCAUACAAUAAAAUAUAUAUUUUACCAGAAAUCGUAAGACUGGCGAGAUGAA